AAUUGUUUGGGCUCGUGCGUGGCAGCGCUGUUGCUACGGUAACACAGAACCAUAGAAAAGUGGCGCGAGAUUUUUCUCCUUCACUUUCGCGAGAUUUUUAUCAUGGAGAGUUUAAAUGAUGUUUAUUCAUCAGUCUGUUCGGACCUCCAUCUGUCUCUCAACGCUUACAUUUCACAGGAGCUGAAGGAGGCGGAACGCCGCGUUAGUGAUGUUUCUCUCAGUCUGAGGGGAAACAGCCGCCAGGCCGCCGGUCGCAGGUUAACGGAUGGAGACGCGCGAGCCGUGUGUGAGACACUCCGGGGUGAUGGACGUGUGAGAGCUUUAGAUCUGAGUUACAAUAGGAUCUCAGAUGAAGGAGCAUUCCAUCUCGCGGAUCUCAUCCAGGAGAAUGUGGCUCUGCAGAAGCUCGACCUAAUGUGCAACAACAUUGAAGCUGAUGGUGCAGAGCGAAUUGCGAAAAGUUUGCAUCACAACACAACCCUGAAGAGACUAAGAAUGACAGGAAAUAAGAUCAGAAAUAAAGGCGGCAUGCACCUCGCCUGCAUGUUGCAAAGCAACAGCACGUUGGAAGAGCUGGACAUGUCAGAUUGUGACCUGGACACACAGAGUCUAAUCACAUUUGCGAUCGCUCUUACCAACAACAGGAGUCUCCUCUCCAUCAACAUCAGUCGUCCUCUCCUCUUUAGUCUGCAGGAGGAGACGACAGUCCACAUGGCUCGCAUGCUGGAGGUCAAUCACAGCCUGGAGGAGCUGCACAUGGCCAAGCACGGCAUGACAGACUGGGGACUUCAGAGGCUGUGUGAGGCGUUAAUGUCCAACCACAGCCUGCGUUACCUUGACCUGCGCUGUAACAGAAUAACGAGGGAUGGUGCGAGACACCUGGCCCAACUCCUGAGAAAAAAUGACACACUGCAGAUUCUGGACUUGUCCUUCAACAGGAUCGAGGAUGACGGCGCUGUGUAUCUGAGUGACGCCAUCAUGCUGGAACACACCAAACUCAGAGCACUCUCCAUCCAGAGCAACAACGUAUCCACCGACGGCCUGGUGUCCCUCAGCAAAGCCAUCGCCGCAAAUCCUCACUUGACGCACGUUUACAUUUGGGGGAACAGACUGGAGGAGCCAGUGUGUGUGGCAUUCUCACAGCUCAUCUCCUCCAGCCGUUUGUCGGAGCAGCACACGGACGUGACUCCGUACACAGUGGACGGGCGUGUUCACCUGGCCGAAGUGUCCAACGGGUUACGCCGGCAUUACUACUGGACCCCGAGCUACAGCGAGGAUGGAGGCGCUGCCAGUAACGCCGCGCUGACUCUCAGCACAUCACACCAGCUCACACUUCAACCUUAAUGAGCUCAACAACCCGUGAACAAACACAGUU